AUGGCACUUUUAUGGAAUGACAUUUUAGAAAGAUCCAACAAGACCUCAAUACAGUUGCAAACAAUAAAUUGUGAUCCUUUAAAAGCUCUUAAUUUACUUAUAUCAUUAAAGCAUUAUGUAUCAAAUUUGAGGAAGUGCAGUACAUUAUAUGAAAAUAAAAUAAAUCAACUUAGUCCUAAAAUAAAAGAGAAAUACUCCGAUGAACAAGAGAGAAUAAAAAAAAAGAAAUUUCCAAAUGACUCUGGUUGUAAUCAGGUAUCUUUAAGUGGUCAUGACAAGUUUAGAGUAGAGACUUAUAAUGUUAUUAUAGACAGUUUUUGUUCACAAUUAGAAAAACGAAUUGAAGCUUAUAGUUUUCUAAAAAACAAUUUUUUGUUCAUCACAAAAUUACAUGUUGUUUUACCACAAGAUACUGAUGAAGAAGAAGAAGUUAAUAAAAGUCUUGAAAAUUUUAUUUUAUUGUAUAAAAAAGAUGUUGAUAAUACUAUACAAAAUGAAAUUAUACAAUUCAAAAAAUAUUGGUCUAUCAGUAAACCUUCAUAUGAUGACACACAAGAUUAUCUGCUAGAUAUUUGGAAGCAUUUCAAUGAAAAAAAUCGAUUACUUUCUUUUCCUAAUUUGUAUACUGCAAUUAAAAUAUAUCUAACCAUACCUAUUGCAAAUUGUUCGGCUGAAAGAGCAUUCUCCAAAUUAGCUCGAAUAAAAAACAAGUAUAGAACAAGCUCUUCUCAAGAAAAUUUAAAUAGUUUUAUGGUUUUGUGUUCAGAGAGUGAUGUUUUGGAGGUAAUUAAUACCGAUGAUAUAAUUAAAGAGUUUGCUGCCCAAAAAUCUAGAAAAAAAUAUUUUUAA